UUGGACAUGGACUUUAAAUCUUAAAAGGACGAGGGCCAACUACGUAGAAUGGCUAGUCUAGAACUCAAGAGAAGUACAGUUGUAGCAAUUUUCUUAAAGUCCACCUCCCGCCUAGCAUGGAAAACAAUUUGGUGUCCAGGCUAAUAAAACCGGCUUCUAUGAAGCCACCAAACUCAAAAAUACCAUAGAUACAAGCCAUCAUAUCUAGCGAACUUCCUUUUCCACUUGUCAUCUGCCAGACAUGGAAAGACGCCACGUUUUCUGAAGCAGCUGAUGGGCAAGAAUACGUGUGAUUUGAUUCAUUUCAAAUAAGCAAAAACGACGUUAGAACGCAGAGACUGUCGGUGAGAUAUGGGUAGCCAAGCAGUUAAAAUAUGUUCGACAAACGAAACAAGGAAGUGGGGGUUGACCAGGAAAGUAACACAAAAUAAGAUAUUGAAAAGAUGGCCCUGGAAUUCUUUUUUUUUUUUUUUUUUUUUUUUGCGGCAGUAUCUAUCCCUUGAGUUUUUCAUUACAUUUCACAAUACCCCACAUUCAAAAAUGUUUUAUGGCGACAGAAUGUGUGCACGUUUCUGUAAACGGGUUCUACGAAGUUUGUUAAGCUUACUCCACAAAGGCAAGAGCUUCGUAAGGAACUGAAUAUUGACACACUUAGCACGCCUGUUUAUUGUGAAACGUAUUUUUCAAAGAGCAGACUUAUUUGCAUCAGACACUUCUCAGUACCGCCUGUAUGAAGAGUCAUGAGAAAUGCUGCAUGAAGACGCGCUGAUUGCUUUUCAUCACCAAUGUAUUAUGGUCGAAAAAACAUUUAUGCAAAUAUUGUACAGUUAUAACCUGCAGUUUCUACAACAAAUUUGCUAAAAGCCAUAUAAAAUCACUCAUGUCAUUUGCUUUGUUCGACUGGCUACCUACCGAUGCGUAUGGGAGUGAUGACUUAUUUAUUCUUAUUGUUUUCUUUAUGUGCCGUUGAUUACACCAAAAUCGGGCAUGCCAUGUUACUAGGAAAUACAGUAUCCAUUAGCAACGUUUCAGACAAACUUACGCCGUUCUGGCUGCUUUAAAUAAUUAGGCUGGGAAUGGGAAUGUGGUAGGCUCUCAUCUGGCUUCAGUACAGCGGUAAACAAAUAAUUGGGAUGAUAACAUUUUCUUGUUACCACUUCAGUUGCAUCGCAGCCUAUUGUGCUCCUCAAAGUCUUAUAGUGGGAAACUCAAAAUCCUUCUAGUCAUACUGAACCACCUUAUCAAACACAUAUAUUUUUUCGGGGGGGGGGGGCAUUUCAAAUGAUGGGCUAUGUGAGGUUAGUCAGCACCGCCAGGCUCGUGUGCGUUGCUAUGUGUGCGCGCGCUCCAAACUGAAGCUGAUUCUAUCCAUCAAUAAUUAAUCCGUUUUAAAAAGAGAGUGAGUGGAGAGUGAGACUGAGACAGACGAAGAUGGAGGGAGGGUUUGAGAGAUAUACAUAGAUAGAUAUAUCUAUAUAAAGAGAGAGUAAGUGGGGUGGUGAACGGAAGAGAGAGCGCGCGCAGUUUGAGGGAGAUCUUCUCUCUCCAUUUGAAGAGUUCUCAGCGCUGAAUCAUGUCACAGUCUGACACAUCCACCCAGAGAGAAGCCGAUGAGGAGGACAAGGGAGGAUGAAGGAGGACACGCAAGACCCCGAAGAAAAGGCAGCGGCGGAAGAUGAAGUGGAGUGUCCGGGGACUGUGUGCCAUCGUGUCCAGCUGCCUUCUCCUCGCCUGCGCUCUCAGCGCCACUGCCGUGGGGUUGCGGUGCUUCCUCCUCGGCUCCGAACUCAAGGACCGUUUUCACUUGGGUGCGGCGGCAGGAGCCUUCUACUCGGGGCUCGCGCUCUGCCUAGGACUGGCCCUGCUGGCUUCUGCCUUGAUUUGCUGCCGCCAACAGCCGAGCCGCGGUCAAAACUUCUUCCUAUUGGGGGUGCUCAUUUUCUUGCUCGGCGUUCUUACUGCCUUUGCUGGAGCGGUUAUCGAUGGCGACACGGUCUCCCUGGUGGAGAGGAAAUAUUCGCGGUUCUGCCUCAGCACCCUGGAAACCCUGAGCUGGGAAGCCAGCUGUACCAAGUUGAGGGAUUACCAGAGGAACCUAGUGAUGUCCACCAUCUUUAACUCCCUGGAGUGUCUGUUGGGUUUAAUCAAUCUGAUCGUGGUAAAGAACUACAAAUCAUCUCAACAUCGCAGGAGAAGGAGGAGAAGGCGUUUGCAGAGACAGAGUGAGGGGUCAAUCUUCUCUAACGAGGAACCUGACUUUGCCCCUGGGGACUGUCCCUUCCAGUCAGUAGCCUAUAUCAAUGUUGGAGUUUUUCAUGUUUUUGACGAAGCUGGGGUUGAGGUGCACUGUGGAGGCCACCCCUCAAUCGAGUUGCCAGGCUAUUCGCCCUCGGAUCCUGAGUUGAACUACUCGUAUCCUUACUCUUAUCCUCUACCCAGUGAACAGCCGCCCUCUUAUGAGGAAAUCUACCCCCGAGCCUGCGGGUGUAGCAGCACAACCACUACCACGACGUAGGGUGAGACAGGGAGAACUCAUCCCAUUAACGGGGUCACAAAACCUGCAGUUAAAAUCAGCGGCAGCAACAGGCAGCAAAUGCAGCUCGCUCCUUAGUUUCAGGGGCACUGCACCGGCGCAGCUGCUUCAAGGGGUAAUGUGUGUGCAGGCUGACAUACACUGUGUAUGUAUAGGUUUAUGUGUGGGAAACAGCUGAUUUGGGGUACUUAGUAUGGGAAAGUGGGAACAGUGCUCUGUUUCUUUUCAGAAGAAGGUGUUGGGUCCAUAUAGAAAAGUGCAAUGUUAUGUAUUUAACGCAGGAGAUCAAUAGUUAGAAUACACAAAUGAGAGCACAUUCAGACUCAGUGUCUAUGUUCCCAGACUUAACUCAUUUACAUGGGGUAGCUUUGAGCCUGCCUUUAUUUGUCCUAACUAUUUUAUUUAAUGGUGAGGAGGGUUCAUUUAUAAUUGGUUGACUUACCACUUCUAUAACAAGCUUAUGAAUGUUUUGACUCCCCUUGGGAAUACCCUUUAAGAUUCUCAUUAUGUCAGUUGAAAAGUGUUCUCAGAGCAAAAGCCUAAAGCUUUAAACUUCACAUUAGGUAAUUGUUAAUGCUAUUUUGCUGGAUGCCAUGAUUGUUUAAUUUCUGAUUGUUUAAAUAAUUAUUAUUACUGUCCUGGGUCAUACACACAUGCACAUAGGUACACAUGCAUUCAGAUGCAAGUGAUAAACAUUAAGAGAUGAGUGGAAACCUUGCAAGAGUCCAGAACACUAACAAAAUGCACAGGAGUUUUUAUCUCUGAAGCAAAUGCAUGUAGUUAGUACAUAUGCCGAGGCAAAGGGUGAUGCUUAGUGAAUCCUUAGGUUUACAUUAAAAUAUGUUGAGGUUUCUAAGCCCCCUUUUCAGGUUUAAGACUCAAAUUUGUAUGAGGGUACAACUGCACUUUCAGGAGGCCAUGAUGGGAGAAUUAAGCAAGAGCAACAAUCAUUGUACACUGACGUGCCUGCUUUUGUGUCAAUACUUAAAUAAUUCUUACAAAUGUAAAAGUAUUCAAGCCUUUCCUUGAAAUUAUUUAAAAGACUGCAGUUUGAUUUUCCAGAUGCUGGUUGCUUUUUAUUAAAGUAUUUAAUAUGUACAUAAGCUGUAUUCACACACUAUAGAUUAAUACAGUGAAAUUGCUUAAAAUAAAGCAAAUAAAUAGCCCCUUUUGAUACAAAUGCUGCAUUUUAAUAAUAUAAUUAAGUACUUUGUUUCAUUUGUAGUGUUUGCUGCUACCACAUGAUUUGUAUGAAGCCGCUGUGUAAAGGCCUGUGUGUCUGCUUUUUAUCAAGUCUGUCAGCUCAAAACAUCACAGUGAGAUGAGACUAUAUCAUUUCUUAGUUUAGCUGUAUUGUUUGUUUUCAGCAUGAAAUAUACAUUAACUUAUGCAUUCCUUAAAUUCUAUAUUCGUUUUUAUACAUAGCAUAAAGUUUAUGUGUCAUUAUAAAUCACCAAGGAGACUUCUGUCCACUUUGUCAUUCUUCACAUUUUCAUGGACAGGCUGUGGCACUGUUCGCUGAUUGGUCAUGUCAAACCUUUUGCAGAGAAAAUGGGUUCCUUCACAGUAAAACUGUCACUAAAGACCAUAAUAAAAUACUUUUUUAUUAAAAUUC